CGGUCUGGCUCAAGAGCACAGUACACCUCACGGUCUCAGCUGUUGUAUACCCCAAACCAUCAAAAUACUCAAUUACAACCUACAGAAUUUCCCAGAAGUAAAUUUGUAUAGAGAAACCUCGAAUACAAGAAAUAUUCCUUUCAACGACAACAUGGCUUCUUUGUCUAGUCGAGCUGGAAAUUUUCUUUCGAUAGAUGGCGGCGUCAACCCGCUCUCGGCCCUUUACAUCAUCGAUGAAAUGCUUCAACGCCUGAAGUUUGAUCUAGGAUCAGAAGGGGAUAUUCGAGCUUGUGAUUGGUUCGACUUGAUCAUUGGAAGUGGCCAUGGCGGGUACGUCUCGGUAAUUCCAGCACGUUUGUUUCCCUCUCUCAUGCUAGCAAGGGGCCCGGUUGAAACAAAGGGAGAGAAAGAGAUGAAUCUGAGACAGCUAAUGGACGUAUUCGAGGCUAUAUUGGCGGAUAAUGGCCACUCUGUGGAUUCUUCGAUGCGCUUUGGGACAGGAGGAAACAGGCCCUGCAAGGUGUCAGUAGCCGCUUGUGCGACGGUCGCCUCACCGGAUGCCUAUGAUCCUGUCGUGAUAGGAGGUGGAGAUGAUGAGAUGUAUUAUAUUGACGCAACGACAGGGCUUUAUUCCUUUACGUUCCUGUACCGAAUUUACCGCAUCGUCCAUCCUCUGGUUGAUGAUAGCUUCCUCCAG